AUCUUCCUCAUCACCACGAUCUUCAUCCGUACAACGCACGACUACAUUCGACCGCCGCAAUACAUCUCAACGAGCACCGCAAUCCACACAAAUCCAUCACACACCUCUCUCUCCCACGAUGAGUGAUCCGGAGCGAGAUCACGCGCUGGAGGAGUACAAGACAAAGCUGUUGGAUUCACGAGAAUGGGAGGCAAAGCUCAAGGCAUUACGAUUAGAGAUCAAGGACCUACAACAUGCUUUUGACGUAUCAGAGGACAACAUCAAGGCGCUGCAAAGCGUUGGACAAAUCAUCGGAGAGGUGCUGAAACAGCUGGAUGAAGAGCGAUUCAUCGUCAAAGCCUCAUCAGGCCCGCGAUAUGUCGUCGGAUGCAGAUCAAAGGUUGACAAGGCAAAGUUGAAGCAGGGUACGCGUGUCGCCUUGGACAUGACCACACUUACAAUCAUGCGAAUGCUACCUCGUGAGGUCGACCCGCUCGUCUACAACAUGUCGCUGGAGGAUCCCGGACAGGUAUCAUUCGGAGGUAUCGGUGGUCUCAACGACCAAAUCAGAGAGUUGCGAGAAGUCAUCGAAUUGCCGCUCAAGAACCCAGAGCUCUUCCUAAGAGUAGGCAUCAAGCCGCCAAAGGGUGUGCUACUAUACGGACCGCCUGGCACAGGAAAGACACUCCUCGCACGUGCCGUCGCCAGCUCGCUCGAAACCAACUUCCUCAAAGAACACGAACCCUGCAUCAUCUUCAUGGACGAAAUCGACGCCAUCGGUGGCCGCCGCUUCUCCGAAGGAACUUCCGCCGAUCGUGAAAUCCAGCGCACGUUGAUGGAACUCCUCAACCAACUCGACGGUUUCGACUAUCUCGGAAAGACCAAAAUCAUCAUGGCCACCAACCGUCCCGACACACUCGAUCCUGCUCUCCUGCGCGCUGGACGACUCGAUCGCAAAAUUGAGAUUCCGCUCCCGAAUGAGGCGGGACGAUUGGAGGUGUUGAAGAUUCAUGCGGCGGGUGUACAGAAGGAUGGCGAGAUUGAUUUCGAGUCUGUGGUCAAGAUGAGUGAUGGGCUGAACGGUGCGGAUUUGAGGAACGUGGUCACUGAGGCGGGACUGUUUGCGAUCAAGGACUAUCGGGAGAGCGUCAGCCAGGACGACUUCAAUAAGGCGGUGAGGAAGGUGGCGGAGAGCAAGAAACUCGAGGGGAAAUUGGAGUAUACCAAAUUGUGA